AGACUUUUCAAUCUUUUUUUUCUGACUAGUUUCGACUCUCGAACCAAAAAGUGCUCUGUCGGUGACAAUCAUUCAUCGUCAGUCGUAUUCCCGCCAAGUUAUAUUUCGUUUUGUCACGUGAAAUAAUAUCAAAUAAAAAUGGUUAAACGGAAGAUUGCUGAAGUUGAAGAAAAACCUGUGGAAGCAGCCAAACCAGCAGCAAAGGCAGCUGCCAAACCCGCUGGAAAGCCAAAGGCAGCCCCCAAGAAAGCCAAAGUUGCCGCUAGUCCAGACCAAAGCCCUGUGAAAAAAGUUACAGAGAAAGCAGUGAAACCAGCCAAGGAUGUACCAGAUGCUGAACCUGUUAAACCAAAAGCAGCAGCAAAAAAAGCAGCACCAAAAGUAGCUAAAGCAUCACCCAAAGUAGCUAAAGCAGCAACCAAAGCAGCGCCAGCUGCUUCCAAAAGUAAAGCAAAUAAAACAGAAGAAUCGGAAGAUGAGGCACCACCACCACCAAAGGCUAAACGGGUUGCCAAAACAGUUGCCAAAGAAACGACAGCAGUCACAAAAGUAGUGAAGGUUCCAAAGCCCAAACCUUCACCAGUCAAGGCCAGGAAAGAUCUAACAGGCAAAGCACCUAUCUCUAAAGUUCCCAAAGUGGCCACACCAGAAAAGAAAAAGGCUGCUACUACUAAAGCAAAGAAGGCUGCUACUACUAAAGCAAAGAAGGCAUCGUCAACCUCUGAAGUGGAAUCCUCAUCUGAAGAAAGCCCUGCAGAAGAUGUCAAAGAGAAAAAAGAUACUGGCAAAAAGAAAGCAGAGGUUGCUGAAACUAGAAAGCGAACGAAGGCUGUCAAAGAAGUUGUAGCGGCUAAGAAACCUAAAAUUGAAAUAGUUGUCCCAUUCCGACACACACGAGGAACCGGCAUGGUUCUCUCCAUGGGCCAAGGUGACGUAGGCCAACUUGGAUUAGGUCCUGAUGUUUUGGAGAAGAGUCGACCUGCAUUAGUGGAUAAGGUCAAAGACGUAAUAGAUGUAAUUGCCGGUGGUAUGCACACCGUCUGCCUUACUAGUAAAGGUGAAAUUUACACUUUUGGAUGUAAUGAUGAAGGAGCCUUAGGUCGUGACACUAGCGAAGAAGGAAGUGAAUUUGAACCUGGACUAGUCAAAUUGCCCGGCAAAGCCACGUUAAUAUCGGCGGGAGAUUCGCACACUGCUGCUUUACUAGAAGAUGGACGUUGUUUUAUCUGGGGCACAUUCCGCGAUUCUCACGGGCCUAUGGGAUUGAACGAAUCUGGUUCGCAGAAGUUACCAGUUCCUAUUCUGGAGGGCAUCCCCAUGACACAAAUCGCUUCUGGUGCCGACCAUCUAGUUUGUCUUUCUUCCGACGGACAGGUUUAUACUUGUGGUUGCGCCGAACAGGGCCAGUUGGGUCGCGUUGCUGAAGUCUUCUCCAAUCGAGGAGGUCGAAAAGGCAAAAGUUAUCUACUCACUCCACAGCCGGUCGCGUUGGGAAAGGGCAAGAGGCGGAUUGUUAUCGAUAAUGUUUGGACAGGAUCUUAUGCCACAUUUGCCCGUGCUAAAGAAACUGGCCUCAUUUAUGUCUUUGGUCUGAACAACUACAAUCAACUUGGAUUACCAAGCCAAGACGCUCGUUUCCAACCUGAAGUUUCCGAUGGGUUCAAGGGUCAUCGUUGGUUGAGCAUUUCCUGUGGCCAGCAUCACACACUUGCCUUGGACGAGAAUGGUCAGGUAUACAGUCUUGGCCGAAAGGAAUACGGACGAUUGGGUAUGGGUGCUGAUGCCAAGGACUUAGCGAUCCCCACGCCAAUCCCUGCUCUUCAAUCACAGAAAUGUGUCGAAGUGACUGCUGGUGAAUCUGUUUCUUUGGCUGUCACAGAAUCUGGAAUGGCAUUUUCCUGGGGUAUGGGCACCAAUGGCCAGCUCGGUCUUGGUCAUGAAGAUGAUGUGUUGGAGCCGACGACUAUUAAAGGCAAGGCGUUGGAGAACCGACUGGUCCUUUUGGCCUCUGCAGGUGGUCAACAUACUGUUUUGCUAGCUGCCGAUAAGUCCUCAACUACGACAGCCUCCACUGCUCCGCCGGCUCAACCCGCUGCUGUAACUGUAAAUGCGGCUGACUGAUAGAUAGACUAGGUCCCAUUCCGUAUCGUUUAAAACCUCAAUCCGAUGUGUUCAUCCCCUACCCGUUCACUUCCAAUUUAAAUGGACUUGAAUACCGCUUUAUCGGGUGGUUUUUCUCUUGCAGUUAGUUUUCAAUGGUUCUUAACCCCUUUGUUUUUUAAAUCCAACCCAUCCUGAUAGGACGCGUUUGGUAAAAGGGAGACAAACAAUUAAACAGUUGAGUAGCAUUUUGUGUCACGCGAUACGGCGUAGCCUCACACCCCUCAUCCCCAAUUUUAAUUUUAGGAACCUAUUUUGUCAUCUACUAACCUCACAUGCACACUCCUCAGAAGAAUUAACACGAAUGAGAUGGAAAUAAAUAGUGAAGAAUUUCAUUUUCAAA